GUGAGAAUGGACUGUUGAAAUGCAACUAGAGCUGCAAUGUACAAUAUUCUACUAAAGACAAGUGCCUCUGUCGAAAGGAGACUAAAGAGAACCAUGGCUGGAGGUGUUGUGGUGCUUAAAACGACAUCUGUGCACAUAGGAGUUUUGAUACAUCUCUGCUUCAUAUUGGUCAGUGUUGAAGGAUGGACGUAUUACUGGACAGACAACGAGACAAUGUCCUGGAAUGAGACAAGAAAGUGGUGUCAAAAUCAUUACACAGACAUUGUGAUGGUCCACAACGAAAAUGUAACACGUUUCCUUAAAGAAAAUGUGAAAAACAAAACAUCUCCCUACUACUGGAUUGGAAUGCAAAAGAUCAAUGGCACUUGGAUGUGGGUUGCCAAUGGACAAAUCAUGAAAUAUCAAAACUGGGCAACCAAUGAGCCCAACAACAACAAGUCUAAUGAAAACUGUGUGGAAUUGUACACCAGCAAAACAAACAAUAAUGGAAAGUGGAACGAUGACAACUGUCAAUUGGCAAAGUAUCCUUUAUGCCAAAAAGCACACUGUCCAAAUGAUACAUGCACUGAUAGAGAGGACUGCAUAGAGCAAGUCAGCAGCUUUACCUGUUCGUUUCAUGUGAUCCACUCUCUGCACCACUACAUGGCAGGAUGA